AUGGAUUCCAGCGAUGCCUUCUCGCAGCACACCGUCGGCGAUGAGGCGUCGCAGCGCCCGCGCCGCAUGUCGAUGGAGGAGGAUUUGUUCUAUCGGGACCUCAUGACCUCACGACCGGCGAACCCACCUAGUUAUGAGACGGCCAUGAAGUCCGCCAUGGCCGCGCAAAGGCGCGCACUGGCCGCGGCGCAGCAGGGUUCGAAGCCGGUCGCUCCUCCAGAAGAUGUGCUGCCCAAGUACUCAUGUGAUGUGAUUGCGGAAGGCGUGUUUAUGAGGAAGAUGGAAAUCGAGCAUACGAUCAAACGCGCCGAGGUUCGCAAUUGGCAGAUGGUUUACGUCGAGCUGAGGGGGACUGCACUCAACAUCUACUCGGUUAAGAAGGAACGAACAUGGUUUUCAUCGAGACCGGACGGCCCCGAUAUCUCGCCAGAUAGUCCUCCAUGGGUCAAGAAGGGUUCUUUGGAAAAGAGUUACAGUCUACAGCAUGCGGAUGCCGGAAUUGCCGCAGAUUACAGAAAGCGGCGCCAUGUCAUCCGUUUACGAGCAGAAACGGAUCAAUUUCUACUAUCAUGUGUCGAGCUCAAGACCUUUGUCAAGUGGCUUGAUUGCAUCUUUGCCGCUAUCAACAUCGCGGCACCUAUCGAUGAGCGAGACUUCCCUCGGGAUCAAAGUAUACCGCGACUUCAAAGGAUACGAUGGCUUCGGGGGGAAAGGCCGACUCCCGAAGACAACAUCAGCGGCUUUCAAAGGUUGAACGAGAGGAGGCAAAGUACUGCGUCAAGUAGGAGUGGUGAGGAGGAUGAGGAAAACGACAGAAACGGGAUAAACAGUACAGCACGGCCACCAACGAUACACGAAGAAGAGAACGAGCGCGGAAGCCAGGGGCAGAACGACUUUGCAGCAUUUGGGCGAGGAGGCAUCGGUCAACAUCCGAUAGUAGGCCGGCUAUCGACAACAUCGUAUCCGAACGAGAAUGUCGACCCAGACACGGGAAAAUGGCGGCCGAGACAAAUAUGGACCGAGACGCACGAUCAUCUUUACGCUAAGCUCUGUUAUUCGGUCUUGCUGUUCAAGAGUCCACGGAAAAGCAACUACAUCAUCUCCAACGGCAAGCGAUGGUACGUGGACUGGGCCACAGGGCGGAUGGUACGCGUGCUACCUCCAGCAUACGGAGAGGUCGACUUAUUCGGCCCAUGGCAGAUCAUUCGGGCGGAAAACAGACUUCUCUGAAAGGUCAUCGAAACGAAAAAAUUGGGGGAUGCGGGCCCGGUCGCCGUAUCGGGCUUGGUUGUUGUUGUGAUAUUGCCUUACUUUUAUCAUAUACCCAUUUCCUUUGUGACUUU